CUUCCACGAGCCCAGAAGAAUGGAUAUCUCAAAAGAAAAUCAUGAGAACCUUGAUCUUCCUGGCCAGGUACGCCCAUCCGACUACGUAGCUGGCCAUCACUAACCACUUACGCAGCUGGCUUUCAGCGUCUCUGGGCAGCAACCCGGAGAUCAUGGCAGCUUUUCAACCAGUGUUUGAGGAGUCAUACGCCGUGGUAGAAGACAAUCCAACUAUCGAAUCGCUCGUACAGGAGCAGAUGACAUCCAUCGGCGUGCUCACAACGGGCGUUCUCAAGGACGUAUUCCUCAAAAAACAGCUGAGUGUUGUCGCGACGCGCGAACACAAGCUGAAGCUGGCUGAAUGGCUAAGCAAAAUACCUGCGCCAAUGCAACUAGAUUCGUUGACCAGAAAUGAAUCCUUGACAACGAACCAGAGGCGAAGUGUCUUUCUUGUCCACGUAAACUACUUGGGAGCGUUGCUACUUUUGUACCGUCGUCAUCUGUUUUACCUCUCCACAACACAUCAGGAUGUGUCGUGGCAGUUGGAUGGCGACAUGGACGAGGCUCUAGCCUAUGCCGAAGACGCCGUAGCCGCCGCGCUACAUUCUGCGCUGCUCCUGCGUUCACUCAUGUCAGAAAGAGCAAUGUUCAAGCGAUGUUGGCUUAUAAUCUACCAAUCAUUCAGCGCGUGUACGGUUUUGCUCUUCCACGUCGCUCAAAAGCGACUUCACGGGGCUAGACCGGCGGAAUAUGAGGAAGAAGUUUCCCAUGCGGAAUCCUGUCUCGACACGUUUGAAUACUGCUCAGGGAGACCUGGUCGCCAAAGGCUAUCACGAGAUGCUACAAUUCUACUACAAGGCCCUGAAAACGCCGCCAGUCAAUGCCUCCAGUGGUACAGGCAAGCAAUCGCCACAUGCUAAAGCGCUAGGACAUACCACAAUGCAGACUUCCGCUAGUCAUGGAGGCUCCCUGCGUCCCCGUGAGGUCGCCAAUCGGGUGGGCGACAUCCUCAAUUGGCCUUAUCAGCACGGCUGGCCUUCUGACCGCCACGAAAUCAUAUCAUCUGUCGAGGGAACUGAUUGCCUUGCUGGGUUGGGGUGUGGCGCUCCGAAUGAUCUUGCAGAGACCACGGGACU